AUGAGUGUAGCAACAAACGCUUUACUUGUUCCUCAGCAACAACGGUUUGAAUUCCCGAAACGACGUCGAAGAUCAAAUAGUUCAAAUCAAAUACUGGCUCACCACAACUUUAAAGCAGUGCGUACUCCGCGAAGAGAUGCACCCACUUCUGCCUCUUCAAAUACAAACACAAAAACGACAAAAAGAGACUAUUCAAUACCAGGGCCACCAAGGUUAGCAUACGACACAACGACGUCAACUUUUACCAAUACCAGAAUGACAAUGACUCCACCAUCGCGCCCAGAGUAUGGAAUUUAUUAUUGCGGACGAGGAGGUAUUGACAAUAACGAAGGUUUAUUACGUGACUCGCAUCACCGUCGAAUUUCACCAAGACCUUCUGUUGGUAAUAAUGACGUUGGUGUUGGUGGUGCUUUAUUACCAUUGACUGCACAAAUGCUUGACUAUCAUGAACGAAUAGAGAAACGUACAAUUUUCUCCGAAGAAUCAGAAGAUGAUCCAAAAUUAGCAGAUCAAGUGACAUUGUUACGAAAAGAAAUUGAAUCAGUAAAAAAAAGUCUCGCUGGGUUACAGAAAGACCACAAGACAAUGUUAAAUGAGAAAAAAGAACUUGAAGAACAAUAUAAAAAUGCGAAAAAUGAAGUUACGAAAACAAUCGAAAGUAGUAAUGAAAUGUUGCAUCUGCAUGAAAUAUUAAACGCCAAAGUUGAGAAACUCUCUUUAAAUUUGGUAUCUAACAAUAAUGAAACAACGGAGAUACCCGAAGAAUACAAAAAUAUAAUGAACAAUUGUAUGCUACAAGCACAAGAGCUUAAUCUGUUGCAAGCUCAACUGGAAAAGAGCAAAGCAGAGUUUCGACAGUUGCUUGGUGUGAAGGAAGAUAUUGAAUCGAUGUUGGAAAAGAAAGAACGAGAAUAUCUCGAAGGAAUAAGACAAUGCGAGGCAGUGACAACUGGUCAAACAGGAAUGAUUAAUUCCAUGGAAACACUUCUGAUGGAAUUGGAAGCGAAAAUGGAUAAAUUAUCUCGGCGGCUAUCAUAUACAAAUCCAAUUUCUUUAUUCACUGACGAAGAACUUAUGCGACAUCAGAAUCGUUAUGGACUAGCAAAAGAAUGGGUGGAAGAUAGCAAAGUAUCUCAGUGCCAACAAGCCGGAUGUAGUGUUAGAUUUAAUAUCUGGAAUCGGCGUCAUCAUUGUCGAAGUGCAUAUUCGAUGCUCCUAUUUCCAGAUGGAAGUGAAGAUUGGGGUGGUGUAUGGUCACGAGUUUGUGAGGGAUGUUUUAAUGAUACAUGA